CUGUUAAGUUAACAGUUGGCUUUUAAACGUGCUCGCAUUUCGCGAUGUUGUUUUUCUGCCCGUCUUGCGGCAAUAUAUUAAUUAUUGAAGAGGACACGUCCAGCCACAGAUUCACGUGCAACACGUGCCCAUUUAUAUCGAAAAUCAAGCGGAAAAUAUCCACAAAAACCUAUCCGCGACUCAAGGAGGUUGAUCACGUUUUGGGCGGUGUAGCUGCGUGGGAGAACGUGGACUCCACAGACGCUGAGUGCCCAGCCUGCUCACAUAAGCGCGCCUACUUUAUGCAAAUACAAACACGCUCAGCGGAUGAGCCCAUGACCACAUUCUACAAGUGCUGCAAUCACCAGUGCGGUCACAACUGGCGCGACUAGACUCAUGCGCUACCUACAGACACUAUUGCUCAGACGCCUCCACGGUACCCGGCCACAGUUGCAGUCCAGCUGCAGCAGCAACAGCAUCACCAUGCAGACAAAGCAGCAGACCCAACCGACGCCAGUCUGUGCUGUGGCAUCGCUGGAUGCCUUGAAACUGGCCGAGCAGUGCCUGCAUCUUGGCCAGGUGAUAGGCUUGCCCACAGAUACAGUGUAUGGUUUGGCAUGCGAUGCCAACAACGAGGAGGCCAUACAGCGCCUGUACGAGAUCAAGGGACGGGACGAACACAAGCCCGUGGCCAUUUGUGUCAACAAUAUUGCUGCACUGCGUCGAUAUGGUCAGGCUAGCCACUUGAGUGACGAGCUGCUAACUCGCUUGCUUCCGGGGCCUCUGACCAUCAUCGUUGAGCGGUCACCGCAGCUGAGUAAUCGCUUCCUGAAUCCCAGCACCACCAAAAUUGGUAUACGCAUACCUGACUACAAGUUUAUGCGCGAUC